UGUACGGAAGUAGCAUGCUUUCUCCAGCAGCACAGGAGUAGUUAGGGUUUUACCGGUUGAUGUCACGCUACCACUGUACUACUUGUCCUAUUCUGUGAACAAACAGAGCCAUACUAGCUUUAUUAGACCGUGUGCUUCACACUGUAAAUCAUUUAGAAUUGUAUUUAUUUUUGCCCAAAACACUGAAGACAGGAUGGAAGGGAAGUUGACAGGUGAACCAGAAAAGUGUAAAUACCACGAAUCGCCGUUGCCAUCCUUGCCAGAAAAUAAAGAAAAAGAGCUCAUUACCAACCACCAAUCCAAUCGAGACCCUAAUUGUGGAACCGACGUAGCUCGUGCCAGAUGGACUCUCCUACGACAGGUGCUGAGGCAGAAACAGCUGGACAGUGCAGACUCAGAGGUCAAGCAGGUGUCUGUCCGGAGAUUCUCCUCCUUCAACCUGUUCAACAAAACCAGUGUCACGCACCAAGAGACAGAUGACCCCUCCGAAGGCCAGUGGGUGGAAUACACAAGUGCUUCCUUCCCAGAGUUCAGUGCCUUUCUCAGAGAUAACCUCGGGCCCAUCAGAGUGAAUGAGGUUCUCAACAGUUUUGACAAUACAGGGAAUGUCUGUGUAUGGCCCUCUGAGGAGGUGAUGGCCCACUACUGCCUCAAGAAACGCCACAUGUUCAGGGGUGCGGUGUGUGAGUUGGGAGGAGGGAUGACUUGUCUUGCAGGGCUCAUGUUCCCUGUAGGCGGUCUGCCUCGGCAGGGUUUCCAGAGUGAGUGGAGUCCUGCUCUUCUCUUCUGCAUGGCUGGCCUGGCUCUGUUCGGCCUGGGGCUCCUUCUCCCCGUCUGGCCAGCUGGUGGGACAGGGCUUGCUGUCCCCUUACACCCCACAGGGAGAGAGGGGGAGGGAGCGAGCAGCCCACUAGGGCGAGAGGGAGGAAAGGAGGGAGGAAGAGGGAUUGCCAUUUGUGCUGACGUGAAGGAAGUUCUGUUAUCAGAUGGGAACGAGAAGGCUAUUCAGAAUGUGCGUGGAGUCAUCGAGAGAAACAGGCAGGCCGGUGUCUUUGGCUCCACAGAUGUUUCCAGCAGAGUGGUCAGGUGGGACUGUGAGACAGAUGUCACUGCGCUGAAGGGACACUUUGACAUCGUCAUGUGCGCAGACUGCUUGUUUCUGGACCAGUACAGAGGCAGCUUGGUUGAUGCAAUAAGGAGAUUACUGCGACCAGACGGUACAGCCCUGGUGUUUGCCCCCACUAGAGGAGACACUCUGGGGGAGUUCUGUCAGCUGGCCGAGGGGACGGGGCUCCAAGUCUGUCGCUAUGAGAAGUAUGAUGAACAGGUGUGGGAUCUCCACUUAAAGAUGCAGAUUGAAGGGAAGGAGGCAUAUGAUGACAACAUCCACUACCCUCUCCUCAUCACCCUGACCCGAGGAGCCAGCCCCACCCAUCUCCAUCUCCUCUGAGACCCGGCUCACCAUCCUCCCCUCGCUGCCCAGCCUCUUGCCAAUCAGACUCCCAGGGUUAGGGUUAGCCCGUCUAGCUUCCUGGCAGUCCUGCACACCAGUACUUAUGCCACUGUGUCCCUGGCUCACAUAGGGGUCGCGGUUGAUGAGAUACAAGCUUGGGGAUGAAUUGUUUGAUUUGUUUCCAGUUUAUAUUUCUUGUAUUAACUCCACUCACACUGUGGUGAGUUCAGUAUUACUAUUACAUAACAUUACAGAAUAGUUUUUUCUUGACUUUUGGAAGUUUUGUGGCAACGCUUUGAAGAGUGUGUGUUGUGAUGACGACAUGUUGUGUGUGGCUGAAUCGGUCUCUGAUCACUUGCGACCUUGUUACUGUGCAAUACAACAAUGUGCGAUGUGCAAAACCCGAAUGGUGGAGAUUUCAGGUUUCCCUCGCAGCCUCAAGGAACUGAAGCAUACAUAUAGAAUCACUAGAUAAUGUUCUGAUGCGCUAACCAAGUAGUAUGCCAACAACGUUUAUGUAUAUGGUCAUACCGGACAGUAUCUUUCACUAAAAGUCUAUGAUGAACUUUUCAUUUAUUAAUCAACAGGGUUCAGGUCACUUCGAUCCAUGCCCAAUACCCAUCCGAACAAGUGUUUCUGAACGCACAUCAAACUGAAAAUGUUCUUCUGAUUUGUCAUCUAUGCUCUGCAGAAGUGUCUUAAACCAAAGGUUACAUGGCAGGGUACCACAGAGUUGAAUGGCGAUAUGUGGUUCACUGUGAAAAGUGCUUCUCAGCCAAUACCUCUCUGGGGUUGAGUUUCCCAAAAGCUUCGUAGGGCCCAGAUCUUUAGUCCAUUGCCUACAAAGCUUCCAAUUGCCUCCAAUGUAUUUUCCGAGAUCUUAAUGCUGCGAAGCUUUUAAGAAACUCACACCUGGUCUCUUGCUCAAUGCGCUCAGCUAUAUAAGCCAAGACCUUCUACACUGUCUCCAGCUGAAACUGUGUUACUGUGAGAUUAACAUGAACAACAUGAUUCCACAAACUCACUGCUAUAUUUGACGUUUGUCCAUAAAACGCAAACAUCAAGUAUUAUUUAUACCCACCACUCAGCAUUAUGGUCUUCAGCUGGCUCUGGUCUACAGUUUGCUCUGACGCUGUGCUCUUUUACAUCCACCAACCCGUACUCUAACCACAAUUCUAUUAGACAUGGAUUGAUUGAUUGUUAUAUUAGAGUCUCAGGUGGUUUUAAUAACUGUCCAUUAAAAACAUCUUGCUAUAUAUUACAGUCCUCUGUGGCUACUUUUAUAACUAAUGUUCUGUUCUGUUUUAAUAAUAAUACCCUCCGAAAAGAACAUUAUGUCAUAGUUGUUGUGAUAUAAAAGUUUUAACCCUUUUUGGACCCCAGGAAGAGUUCAUGGGGAUCCCAAUAAAUACAAACUAAGGUAAGAA